AUGUCCCCCAUACGAAAAUCCCCAACUAACAACCUCCCACAGGUCCGGCCGGGCAACCUGGGCCAGGUCAAAGAAAUCGCCCGUAUAUGCGGCCGACAGAUCUUAGACAACAAAGGCGUCAUCCGCGGCAUUAAGAACUGGGGUCAAUUCGAUCUCCCCCGGCCGACCGUCAAGCAUCAAACUCAGCACUUCCAGGGCCACUACUUUAUCAUGCAGUUCGACAGCAGCAUCAAGGUCCAGAAGGAGAUGCGCCGAAUACUCGCGCUCGACCCACGUAUGGUCCGCUUCUCCGUCGUCAAGCUUGGUGAUAAACUCGGCGGUGUCAAUGGUGCCAUCGAGGAAGUCACAGGCCAGGUCGACUGGAACUCCACACCGGACACGAACAUCCCUCUCGAUACCUUUGAAAACUCCGGUAUUGCGCGAGCCGGUUCCAAUUACAGCUAA